AUGAACAUCACGCCUAGCACGAUCUUCAACUUUCUGCGCAAUCAGGGGCGCAGGGGUCCUCCUGCAGGAGACGACGAACCCAAUCCCGAGGGGGAGCCCUUGCCCGCUGCCCGUCGUCAAUCGCUCGAUGCUGCCUUUGGUCGGAUCGCUCCUCGGCCCAUCCUGCCUGCGGCAUACGAGACGCCCGAUCCUUCGGGGAGAUGCUGGCUCAUCGAGCUACCGGAGGAGCUGCUGGUCAAGGUGUUCUCAGCGCUUGACAGGGUCUCGCUGGCGAGAUGUAUGAGGGUCUGCGGGACGAUACACGAUCUUCUCACUACUAAUCCCCACCUGGCUCUGCAGACUCUCCUUUCCUUCUCCUCCCUCCGACUCAAUCCAAAUGCGCUUAUACCAUCCCAAACGAAUCUACACCUCUCACCGCCAUCCCCCGCCGAACUGCUCGCUAGGCUACGGGACAGACUCGACCGCUUCGACCGCUUGGACCCCACUCGUACCACCUCUAUGCGGAUGCAGGAGACAGAGGGGUCGCUAUACGAGUACCUGGAGGGGGUACUGCUGAAGAGCGUGGGCGGAAGUCGAGGGCGUCCCACCAAUACGAUCGGGAUAUACGAUGUACGGGGAGUCGGUGCGGUCCAGGCGGCACUUGCUCCUCCACCUCCCGCAGCGGCAGAGAGCAGCGGAACCAUGACUAUCGAUGACCAGGUGUUUGAGAAUGACGAUAGAGAGGACGACUGGGAAGAGAUGGAAGAGGGAGACGAAGUCGCGGAGAAGAUACGCCGGUCCAAGAAGUUUGACUUCGGCGUCUCAGAAUUUGCGGUAGAUCCAGGACAGGACCUUCUUGUUCUAGUCGAACUGACAGGCAGGUUACGGUCGGCCCGGCAAUAUGUGAUCCUCUUCCACCUCCUCUCCCUCGAAACGCUGGAACCACAUCCGCUCGCUCGUCAGCAUGUGCUCGAAUGGCCUAUCGUGCAUAGUCGGAAGGAAGUCAGCCUGGGCUUCCAGAUCUGCGAUGACGGGAUGUUUGUGCUCAACCACAAUAUCCGGUCGGGCCAGUAUGAUCAGAUCUGCGGGUGGCAGUGGACGAGUGGGCGCUUAGCAGUCACACUCAAAGCCUUCCCCACCAUGACCUUCGAAAGCUUCAUCCUCCUUUCUCCCACCUCUCUCCUUGUCCCUACGAUCAUCACUCAUCUCGAUCCGGAAUCUACAACACAGGAAGAUCUCAACAACCCCUCAGACCUCUCCUGGACCCACCACCUCCACCUCUACGCAUUCCCCUCCCUGGCGUCCAUCUCACUACCCGACGACUCAUCUGAACCCUUCCCACCCCCGCACGCCGUCACGCACAUCACUACCUUUGAUCUCCCCGAAUUCGUCGUCGACCUGACGGACGAAAUGCCCCCGCCAAGGAUGACCAUCCGGACCGACCCGCCCCCUCGACAUACCUUCCCUACUCAUCCAGUCGACUUGGUCCAGCCAUUCUCGCCCCAUCCGGAAUCAGGCGUCAUCAUCAUCGAGUUCUUCUGCCAGAUGCCUGCUGGGCGUAUGCCGCACUACGUGAUGGCAUGCCAGAAGCGGACCUUCAUACAGUACCUGCCUGCGCCGACGAGUCCGCUUCUGAAGCAGGCAUGGCCGAGGCAGGCGCCGGUGGUUAAGUGGGAAACGAUCUCCCCAAAGGUCAGGAUGUUUGGGCCGGACAUGAAGUCUUCCAACUGGGUCUGCUACGUGUAUCAAGACCGCUACGUGGCGUCUACCAGCUCCAGGCGGAACUCGCACGACCCGCUAGACUACAACGCCAAGAUCAGGCUGUACGACUUUAAUCCGCUUCGGGUCAAGCGGGAAGCCCUGCACGCAUCCGCCGGUAUCGACGGCGAAGAGAGGGGCGUCACGCUCAUUACUGGCGAGACUGUCCUCCGGAACAUACUCCCGCUGGCGUAUGAGGUGCGAACCGGUAGCGAGUUCCCGUAUACUUUUGUCGAGAUGGAGGGACAGGCGGAGGUAUUGCUGUUGGACGAUGAGAGGUUGAUUGCUGUAUAUGUGAGUCGUCAGGUCUAA